AUGCCCACCAUGACCUCAACUCUCAUUAGCGGACUCGCUAUGCUCCUCGCCAGCAGGGCAGCAGCCGACGACAGCAACAUGCAAUGCGUCCUCAAGACGAACCCUCCUGCUGGGGCGGUCUGCGGUACAUCCGGCUACCUCACCAAUGAAAACUCCUUGGACACCUAUCCCUUCUGCGAGUGGCACACGGACACCAUCGCCGCGGCUGGGUUCUACGAGAAUUCCGGAUCCUACUACUACGGCUACGAUCAGGCCUGCUUCACCUGUGGUCCAAAGGUUGUGAGCUGCCCCGGCAGUGACGGCCAACAAUUCACUGUCGGAGCGGCGACAUUCAACAUCCACUGCGGCACGGACUAUUACGGCGGAGACUUGAGCCGUGUUACUUCCGACACAUUCGAAGAUUGCAUGACUAGCUGUGCUUCCACCAUUGGAUGCAUCGACGUCGCAUAUAACGGCAAGAACUGCUAUCUGAAGAACUCUCUCCAAUCUCCUCGAUCAGACAGCAAUGUAUGGGGUGCCGUGCUCGCCUCUGCUGAAAAAGGUGCUGCUGCUUCGACCCUAUCCUGCCCAGCCAGCAAUGGUGCUUCAUACACCGCUUCGUCCGGCGCACAAUUCACCGUCCAGUGUGGCGUUGAUUACUACGGAGGCGACAUGGGCAGCGCAUAUGUUGACACCUUUGCGGAGUGUCUCGAAGUUUGCGACAGCACCCAGGGCUGUUUGGAUGUUGCUCUUCACGGACAUUACUGCUACCUGAAGAACUCGGUCACGAGCCCGCAACAGAACAGCGAUGUCUGGGGAGCGAUCAAAAGUGGAAGCACCUCACGUCGCGAUGAUGCUGCUGUCAAGGCUCCUACGAGCAGGAACACGCCGGGCUUGAAGCGCAAGCGUGAUGUGGCACCUACUAGCCAGUACACUCCUAAUGUUGCGGAUGUUCAGAGCAACUGA